AUGUGCUCUAUGCUGCUGCCUAUUAGACAGUCUUGGCAUUUUUUUUCGGCAAUUUGGCAUCAGGGCUGCGCUGAGAUCGCACUGGCCAGUUUUGAAUUGCCCCUGCUGGCCUCGCUGCUGUCUCUGAGUCUUCGCACUCGGUUGCUGCAAGAGGGGGGCUGGAUCCACUGCGGCGACGCCAUGCAGCACAUGCUGGACUCCGCCGUGCUGCAGCAGCAGCCGGAAGAGCAGCAAAAGCGAGCCUACGUGAACUGCCCCGGGUUCAGCUUUGGAGUCCGAGUCGUCAGCUGGGGCCCCCAGAAAGCAGGGGGCCCCCUGCUGGCCCACGGCCAGCUAAGAGUGAUGCCCUUCAUCUAUCGGGUGCUCCCAAUAAAAGAACAAGAAGAGCCAGGCAGAAGUGUGUACUGCCUUCCUCGGCUCGUGUCGCCUGCCACUUUGGAGCGGCAGCAGCAGCAGCCGCCCCAGGACAGCCCCUUAAGAUCCAAAGAGGAGUUCAAGCUGUUCUGGCCUCGAGUGUCUUCGCAGGCCAAAGGACUUGUGGCUGCUCGCGCCUUCUACUGCCUUUCAAAGUGUGCAAUUUUGCAUGCAGCCGCCAUCACUGUAGCAGUACCCGCUGGUCUGCCUAGCUUCCAACCCCGGCCACCUCAGGGGCCCCUCCAAUCAACAACUGUACAAAAAGACUCUUCUCUUGCUGCUGCUGCUCCUAAGGAGGAGCCGCGACCCCAGGCAACUUUUGCAGAACUGAACCAGCCCGGAGCGGGGCCUGGAGGUCCCGACCGGCUGCUGCCUCCCCCUUGCCUCUCGAAACGUGCAAAGACAGCGGAGCUUGAGGAGGAUACAGAAAAAGCCCCUCAGCUGAACUCUUGUACAGAAGCCCCAGCAGAAGUGCCCGAAGAGGCGGAAAUAGAUGAAGAAGACACAAGCGAAAAGAUGGACGAAGAAAGAGAACAAACGGAACAACCUGCCGCAAUUGUCACAAGGCCGCUCCCGCCACUAGCUACGUACUCAAAGGGGCGGCUAGCCGCAGCGGCAGCAAAAUUUGAAAGACUGACCACGCAGCAGCAGCACCAACAACUAAAAAAGCUGGAGCAGCAAACGUUACCACAGAAACGCAUAGAGGCUGUCACCACAAGCGCUCAGAGCAGAACUUCUUUUCAAGCGCCCGCAGUUGCAGCGAAGCCCGCAGCAGCAAAUGCUUCAAGAAAAAGCGCUGGAGGCGCUGCAGCAGCUCACGGAACUGCUGCAGCACCUGCGGAAAGAAAAAUGAGUUCAACAGUUCCUCUGGCUACUGAAGCAACUUCGAAAUCCAAUAAGGCGGCGAAAGCAACUGCAGGCGCAUCCCUGGCAGCUACUUCAACUGCAGCAGCAACAUCUGCAGUUACAGCUAGUGCUGCAACGCCGGUGGGAGCAGCAAACAAUCCAGUUCGUCAUGUGGCAACUGAAGAAACUGCAACAGCUCCUGCGUUAGCUGCAAAAGCACCUUCGGUAGCAGCGCCAGAAAAUGUCGCUGCAGGACUGGUAACACAAGCAACAGCUAUGGCAAGAGUACCAGCUACAGCAGAGUCUGCAGCAAAAGGAUCUGAAGCAUCAGUAAGAGUAGAGACUGAAGAGCAAGGCACAGUCUUGACACAAUCUACGAAAAAACGCGGGAGGUCAUCAAAGAAGCCGAAGCUACAGCAGCCUCUAGACCAGUCUCAGCAACAACGGCAGCAACAGCUGCUACUGCAGCAAUCACAAAACGCUGCCCUGUCUGAAGGUCAGAGUGCUGCAUGCGUUCCCCCAGACAUUCCCCUUGCCGCGCUGCCGACUGCAGCUACAGAUGCCCCAAAGAAGAAAGGAGCAAAGCCACAAGGCGCGAAAGGCUCUCGACGAGGUGGAAAGGGAGCCAACUAG